ACUAUGUCUGUCUACUAUGUUCCCCUGCAAUAUACUGCAAGCACAUCGAUCUCUCUCUCCUUCCCUUCCAAUCCUCGCCUUUAUAAGCUCCAGCCAUUGCUCCCGAUCGAACACACAACCCAGCUAUAGCCACCUACAUCUGCUGAUCGACAUCGAUCGAUCUCUACUACUCCAGUAGCUAGCAAGAAUUGAAUCUAGGUGAAGUGAGAGUGUGAGAGUACAUAAUUGGCGCCAUCCAUGGCGGCAUUAAGCCAGCUGGUACUGGUCGCCGUCGUCUCAUUGGUUGCCUUGCUCCCACUGGGCAUGGCGGCGACGACGUAUGAUCCCAUCGGCAGCUUCUGCUCGGAGACGUGGAUGAACUACGGCGAUCUCAACAGCAGCGAGGCCGUCACCAGGCGGCGCGCCGUCAACUUCGUCGUCUCCGACCUCGUCGCCAAGGCGCGCACCGGCGGCGGAUUCGCCACCUCCAAGGCCGGCAGGGGCUCCGAGGUCUUCUACGGCCUCGCGCAGUGCCGCGGCGACGUCUCCGGCGGCGACUGCGACGCCUGCCUCGCCCAAGCCGCCAAGCAGAUGGUCUCCAACUGCAACUACACAUCAGACUCCAGAAUUUGGUACGAGUACUGCUUCAUGCGGUACUACAGCAGCUACAACUUCAUCGGGGAUGUGGACACGAGGGAGGACGCAAGCGUGACCUUGAGGAGAUGGCCGGACAUGGACAACCCAAAGGCGUUCCAGAAGGUGGUGGGGAAGGCGAUGGUAAAAGCAACAACACAGGCUGUCUCGGUGGGUGGCAACGGUCUGGGCAGGGCGAAGGAGCAGUACACGCCGUUCGUGAGCGUCUACGCGCUGGCCCAGUGCACACGAGACCUUGCACCGCCUGCGUGUGCUCAGUGCCUAUCUUCGACAGUGUCCAAGUUUGACAAGGCUUGUGGCGCUGCGCAGGGGUGCCAAAUCGACUAUAGCAGCUGUUGGGCACGCUACGAAAUCUACCCCUUCUAUUUCCCACUCGAAGCCAACGGCCGUGCCACUAUUGAUAUGAACAAGUACACUAAAGUUACCAUGCACUGAAUAAAUCUAGCAUACAUAUGCUACGCAUAUAGUACGGUAAGCAUGCGUACAUACAUCGCGUAGCACUUUAAUUUCACGAAUAUGCACUAGCUGCAGUUUGUUUGGAAUGAAUAAAGAUGUGUACUGAGUAUGUUGUACACUUAAGUGAAUCGAAUAUCUCUUUAUCAUUAUUUUGCCACAAUA